AUGAAGCAAUUAUCCAAAUCCAUUUCCAGUCCCAGUCGAACCGACCUGUUUCCGCCGCCAUUGAUGAGCUUCCUCAGAGCCGAUGCCGGAAAUCGUAGUAAAAGCAGUCGGUCUCGCUCCAGUCCGAUCUUCGUCGGGAAGAAGAACGUCGCCAUUGAAACUCAAGAACCGUCCUCUCCGAAGGUUACUUGUAUGGGACAAGUCCGCACCAAUAAACACUCUUCUAAUAAAACUCCUGCCGUUCGUUGCCGGUGGAUUAGAAGCGUCCUUUCUUUCAAUCGACGUCAUUGUCGAACGUUCUGGAACAGGUCGGCGAUGCUCUGCCGAGGAAAACGUGAAAUUAGACGGAUCUCUGAAUCUCGCGUCGGAAACGAAGCGGAAGAUUCGGAGAAAGAUGAAGAGGAGGACGACGGAAGAGAUGGAGAUGCGGUUUAUUCGUCGUUUUCGGUGCCAUCGCCGCCGAAAAACGCUCUCAUUCUGUCGAGAUGUAGAUCUGCGCCAAAUCGCUCGUCGUUUAACGGUACUCGGUACCGGAGUUCGUCGAUUACAAGCGACGGAACUGUCGAAGUCGAAGAAGAAGAGAAAACAGAGGGCGGUUUUAGAAACAACGCAGCUUCAAAAAUAGAGUUAGGAAAGUCGGAGCGAUUGUUGAAGAAAGUGGAAAGUUCGAAGGGAGAUGGAGAUUCUAAGUCUGUAAAUGGCAAUCGGAACCUGAACCUGAUUCUGACGAGAAGUAAAUCGGAACCUGGGAGAAUUGCGGAGAAACUUUACGGAGAAUUGAAUAAUCUUCAGGAAGAAAAAAGGUGGGUUAUGAAUAAGAAAAAAUGUUACAUACUGAAUAAUAACUUGUGA